AUGUCUUCCAUUAUUGCUGAAAAUUUAGACAAACCUCAUGCAGUUUGCGUACCAUAUCCUGUCCAAGGCCACAUUAACCCAAUGGUAAAGUUGGCCAAAAUCUUGCAUCAUAAAGGCUUUCAUAUCACCUUUGUUAACACUGAACACAACCAUCAGCGUCUCCUUAAGUCUCGAGGCCCUGAUGGCCUCAAGGGAUUGCCAUCUUUUCGAUUUGAGACCAUCCCUGAUGGCCUCCCACCAUGUAACCCUGAUGCCACCCAAGACAUUCCUUCUCUUUGUGAAUCCACCACCACUUCUUGUUUGGGUCCUUUCAAAGAGUUGCUUGCAAAGAUCAAAAAUACUAAUGUGCCACGCGUCUCGUGUAUCAUUUCUGAUGGUUCAAUGAGCUUCACACUCUCUGUUGCUCAAGAUUUGGGCAUCCCUCAAGUUUCCUUGUGGACCCCAAGUGCUUGUGCUUUAUUAGGUUACAUGCAUUACCAUGAUCUUCUUGAGAAAGGAUACACUCCACUUAAAGAUGAAAGUUACUUGACAAAUGGGUAUUUGGAGACAACUUUGGAUUGGAUACCGGGCAUGAAAGGAAUACGUUUGAGGGAUCUUCCGACUUUCAUUAGAACUACAAAUCCAGAUGAAUAUAUGAUCAAGUACCUUAUCCAGGAAACCAAGAGAAGCAAAACGGCUUCAGCUAUUGUUCUUAAUACAUUUGAACCAUUAGAGAGGGAAGUUCUUGAAUCACUCCAGGGCCUUCUUCCUCCGAUCUAUGUUGUCGGGCCAUUGCAUUUGCUUAUGAAACAUGUUGAGGAAAAGAAUUUGGAGGAGUUAAAAUCAAAUCUAUGGAAAGAAGAAACGAAGUGUCUGGACUGGCUUGAUUCCAAGAAACGAAAUUCUGUUGUCUAUGUCAAUUUUGGAAGUAUCACUCUCAUCACUCCAAACCAACUUAUAGAAUUCGCCUGGGGACUUGCCAAUAGCCAGUUGAAUUUUUUGUGGAUAAUUAGGCCUGAUAUGGUAUCGGGCGAACAAGCAGUUUUUCCACCUGAAUUCCUGGAAGAAACUAAAGAAAGAGGGAUGCUAGCAAGUUGGUGCAUGCAAGAACAAGUCCUUAGCCACCCUGCAGUAGGAGGAUUCUUGGCUCACAGUGGAUGGAAUUCGACACUCGAAAGUGUUAGCAAUGGGGUACCCAUGAUUUGCUGGCCGUUCUUCGCAGAUCAACAGACAAAUUGUUGGCUGUGUUGCAGGCAAUGGGGAAUCGGAAUAGAGAUUGACAACAAUGUGAAGAGGGGAGAAGUUGAGAGCCUUGUGAGAGAGUUGAUGACGGGGGAGGAAGGCAAAAGGAUGAAGGAAAAGGCAUUGGAAUGGAAGAAUUUGGCUGAAGAAGCUGCUAAAAUACCAACAGGAUCAUCUUAUGUGAACAUAGACAAACUGAUCAACGAAAUUCUCCUCCCCUCCAAACAGUACUAG